AUGGAACCUUCCUCCAUUCCAUCAACUACUACAUCUACUACAUCUACUACAACUACAACUAUUCAACAAUUUACACCAAAGACCUAUGAAACUAAAAUAGAUAAUAAAGAGUUUGAAUGUAUAGAGAUUCAAAGAUUAGAAGGAGGAGGAGUCAAGUUUGUACAGUGUAAACAAAAGGUGACGCAUUAUUGUAUUAAUUGUCCAGGAUAUAGAUGUGACACACACAAAGAGAAACAGUGUCCACGACACCACAAGUCAAUCGACUUUGAUAAGAGAAUCAAGAUAUUGAAUAUUCUCAAACUGACAGACGAAGAAAGAGAAUCUUACAAUCUAGAAUUAUGUCUUAAAUUUGAAGAACAACUCAAUAUAAAGAUACCAACCUAUAUUCAAGAAGAUGAAGAAAAAGAAUUGGAUAAAUUGGUUGCACUACAAAAAUUAGAAUGGGAUCAAAUUCAAAUUCAACUUCAACUUUUAAAAGAUAAAAAAGAUAAUAAUAAUAAUAAUAAUAAUGAUAACAAUCAACAAUCAAACCAAGAUAGUAACAACAAAAACAGUAUUGGUGGUAGUUUUUCAGAAUUAAUAGAUGAAGAUAAAGAAUUUAUAGCAUCAAAACAUCGAAUGGAAAUUAGAAAGGAAAAUGUUAAAAGAAAAUACUUGAAAUCAAAAGAUGAAUCAAUUCAAAAUCCACAAUCAUUCUUAAAAUAUGAUAAAUUACAGAAAUUAUUAUAUUUGGAUUUUACAAAUAAUCAAAAUAAUAUUGAUAAUCAAAAUAAUCAAAAUAAUCUCCCAACUAUUCAAUGGGGAGAAAGAGAGAAACAAUGGUUUGGUGAUAUUGAUAAUAAUAUGUUUGGAAAGAAUUUAUUCUUUGUUAGUUUUAUUGGUCCAACUGGGUCUGGAAAAUCAACAUUAAUUAGAUCAUUAAUUAAAGAUAAAGAAUUUGAUAAACCAAUACCUGGGUAUUACUUUGACUCACAUUCAACAUCUGCUGAUUUGAAUUCAUACUCUGGAUGUGUAGAAAAAGGUGUUGAUCGAAAGAACUUUAUGAUUGUUGAUAGUGAGGGUGGUGGAGGUACUGAUCCAUUCCUAUUAAACUUUCAAUUGGCCAAAUCAACCAACUCUUCUUCUCCUUCCUCUUCUUCUACUUUGGUUGGAAAAAAAGUAAAGACAGAGAAACAAAUUCGAAAGGAAACUAUUCGUCACUUUUAUCCAAAAUUUCUCUACUCGUUUAGUGAUAUAUUGAUUGUAGUCACCAAUCAUUCAUGGCAAGAAAGAGCUACCAUUGUUAAUUUACUAAUUCAUUGUGCUGCUCCGACCGAGUCCAGUACUACUACCAAACCAACUACUACUCCUACUGAACCAACUAAACCAAAACCACACCUAAUCUUAAUAUUCAACAAAACGUUGUUUAGUAAUUGUAAUGCAGAGCAAAAGGCAUUCCUUCUCGAUCCUGUAAAGGUGACGAAUGAAUUCUUCAAGGACCAUCAAACCAAGGAGGCCGAAUCUAAAUUUUCAUCAUGCACGGCAAUGAUGAUUCCUCAAGCCAACUAUGAUCACGAUGAAUUCUUGAAUCAGCUGACCAAACUUGAAGCACUCAUUUUCGACAAAAUGACCACUGCGACUCCAAAACUAACCAGUCAAGUUUAUCAAGAUAUGAAAUCAUUUGUUCUACUCAGAGAAAGAGAAUAUAGAUAG